CUCUGCUGCGCCUGCCCCAGAGUACUAUCGCCUUUUCCUUAACCUUCCCGAGUACACCGGCUCCAGCCUGGGGAGCAAGGCAGGGCCAGGCGCAGAAUGCCGCUCGGGGRGCAGGAGGACGCUGCGCUGGGUUCCCCUGAGCCCGCUCCCUUUGCGCCUCUCUGGUGAGCGCCGGUGGGAGCAGCCCCGUCCCUCGGGGGACGCGCCGCCGCCAGCGCUUCCCGCCGUGCGAACUACAACUCCCAGCGCUCCGCGGAGCGGCGGCGGCCGAGGAAGCGAGAGCGGCUGCCCCUGGAGCCGAGUUCUCCUUCAGGCCGCAGCAUGAACGGCAGCGUGGCGGGCGGCGGUUACGCCGAGGAGAUCAUCAGCCUCACCCGCAGACCCUCAGGGUUGGGCUUCAACAUUGUUGGUGGGACAGAUCAGCAGUACAUUGCCAAUGACAGCAGCAUCUAUGUCAGCCGGAUCAAAAAGGAUGGGGCAGCUUACCUUGAUGGCCGAUUACAAGAAGGAGAUAAAAUUKUAGCGAUCAACGGCAAAGACUUGAAGGAUUUGCGGCACAAGGAUGCUGUGGAGCUGUUCAGGAAUGCAGGCUGUUACGUGUCUCUGAAAAUUCAGCGCAGGUUGCAGCCACAGAAUGGCCCUGUGGGUCAUCAAGGAGAUGGAGAAUCAGGUGGGCUUCCUCUAGCAGCCAUUCUUGUGCCAGGCCUGGCACUUGCUGCAACAGCARUCUGGAUCUUGCUGAGGUAUCGACAGCGGAUAUGAAGAGUUCACGGCUGGGAUGUCACUGCAUAUUUUACACAGCUAUGAUGUAAUUUAAAAAUAGAGAAUCAACGAUUUUGUCACAGACUGAUGCCAAAAAGGAUCACUGACUAUCAUCAAAACUGCUGCUGUUGUUCGUAUAUAUUGAUUUUGUUGCAGGGUGGAUGGAAGCAGAAAGGAAAAAGGGAAGGGAGAAGACUCUGUUUAUGUAAAGAGUGGAAUAGCUGUAUAUUUUUGACAAAUCUGAGGAGGUUUUGCCAUCCUCCUCUAUUUUGCACCAUGAACUUUCAAACACACUCAUCUAUUCCACAUACUUCAAGAUGUAACUUUCGGUUAAAGGGAGUGGGAGUUGGGGUGGUUUUAAAUCAAAAACAUUUACUAGAGGCUUUGCCUUGUGUCCACAAGAUUUUUUUCUUGAAACUAAUGAGUCCUGUCUGAACCAUGAAUAAAGAGAAGCAAUAUAAAGGGUA